AUGCGCGCAGCAUCAAUUCUUUCGUUCCUCACCUUGGGCGCCUUGGCCUCGGCCUCGGCGUUAGCAGUUGAAUCUCGGUCUUCACCUUCUGAGGCAUAUUGUCUGUAUGGUUAUGGUGAGGGAGUUGGUGGAUUGACACUGUACUAUAGCGAAGGUAAUGCAGUCAUUGGCAAAAAAGCGCCUCCAAAUGCCACUGAAGUAUCCUGUAAGUCAGCAAGCCCCUUUCAUCAUCACAUCGGAUAUUUAUAUGGUUCUCAUGCAGUCACCCCUUCCUCUGGGGGUUCCAUUGUCGGAAACCCACGCAACGGCACCUCAAAGUCAUUCUCGGACCAGGAACUCUUUAUUCCCACAAGCUCGAGCAAUCACCAGAUUGGCUUUACCAGCAAUUCAACUGGGAAUAGUCACCAGGUGACCAACAAGUUUGUUUGGUAUGGUCAUUUCCUCUUGGUUGAGACUGAGACCGGCGAGUACACGUCGCUGUUCUAUGCCAAAAAGACGGAAUAUGAAGAUCUGUAUUUCCUGCAGUGGAAUGUCACGGAUGAGGACGAUGGAGAUUUUAUUUCGUUAUCAAUGAGAUCGAUUGCGCCGUCAAAUGCGUGA